AUGUCCUCCCAACCACCACCCCUCACUCAACCCACCACCUCUUCUUCUUCUUCUUCUUCUUUAUCCGACAUGUACACCACCUCCUUCGCCUUCUUUGAAGCCCUCUUCGCCGCCGGCGUCUCCCAUGUCUUUGUCAACCUGGGCUCCGAUCACCCGUCCAUCAUCGAAGCCAUGGUCCGCGGCAAGGCCUCCCCCUCCACCUUUCCGCGCAUCAUCACCUGCCCCAACGAAAUGGUAGCCAUGUCCAUGGCGGACGGGUACGCACGUUUGACGGGUCAACCACAGGCAAUUAUCGUGCAUGUCGAUGUUGGCACGCAGGGGUUGGGUGCUGCUGUUCACAAUUCCAGUGCGGGAAGGGCUCCCGUUUUGGUGUUUGCGGGCAUCAGUCCGAUUACGAUCGAGGGAGAGCUGAGAGGGAGUAGGACCGAGUAUAUCCAUUGGAUCCAGGACGUUCCGGACCAGAAACAGAUUGUGGGGCAGUAUUGUCGGUAUGCGGCGGAACUGAAGACAGGAGUGAAUGUCAAGCAAAUGGUGAACAGGGCGUUACAGUUUGCCAAGAGUCAACCGCAGGGGCCGGUGUACUUGUGUGGUAGCAGGGAGGUGAUGGAGAUGGAGAUCCCCAAGUAUGAGUUGAACCAGGCACACUGGAAGCCGGUGGAGCUAGGGGGAUUGUCUAAGGGGGCGGUGCAGGAAAUGGCGGGUGCGUUGGCGGGUGCGAAGAAGCCGCUUGUGGUGACGGGGUAUGCGGGGAGGAACCAUGCUAUCCCGCCGGCACUGGUUGAACUCGCCAACACGGUCAAGGGUUUGAGGGUGUUGGAUACGGGUGGUAGUGAUAUGUGUUUCCCUGCUAAUCAUCCGGGCUGGUUGGGGUUGAGGUUUGGCAAUGAUCAGUCUGUGGCGGAGGCGGAUGUCAUUCUCGUGCUGGACUGUGAUGUGCCAUGGAUCCCGACACAGAUGAAGCCCAGCAAAGACGCGAGGGUAUUCCAUGUUGAUGUUGACCCCUUGAAGCAGGUCAUGCCCGUGUUCUACCUGGAGGCGGAAGCGAGGUACAGGGCUGAUCCGUUGACGGCUGUGGAGCAGCUGACGGAGAAGCUAAAGACUGAUGAGGAGUUGAAGAAGCAGUUGCAGAGUGAACAGCGCGAGAAGAGGUGGAAGGAGCUCCAGGCCCAACACAAGCAGAAACUGGAGGAGAUUGCCGAAAGAGCAAAGCCCCUGGAGAACGGAGAGUAUGGCACUGGUCACCUGUGCAGGAGGUUGAGGGCCCUGUGCCCCGAGGAUACCAUCUGGGCGAUUGAGGCUGUCACCAACACUCUGUUUGUGCACGACAACAUCCAGCCUACGCUGCCGGGGUCGUGGAUUAACUGCGGUGGGGGUGGUCUCGGCUGGUCUGGCGGUGGUGCCCUUGGUAUCAAGCUGGCUACCGAAGUCGAGGCUAAGGUCAAGGGAGGAAAGGGUAAGUUUGUCGUGCAGAUUGUGGGCGACGGCACGUUCCUGUUCUCGGUGCCGGGAAGUGUAUACUGGAUCUCCAAGAGAUACGGCAUUCCCGUCUUAACCAUCGUUUUGAACAACAAGGGAUGGAACGCCCCUCGCCGGUCUCUGCUUCUGGUCCACCCCGACGGACUCGGGUCCAAGGCUUCCAACGCAGACAUCAAUAUCGAGUUCAGCCCAUCGCCUGAUUAUGCGGGCAUCGCCAAGGCGGCUGCGGGUGGUGAUUUGUUUGCGGCCAGGGUCGACAACACGGCGGAUCUGGAUCGGGUGUUGAAGGAGGCCAUUGCCGCGGUGGAGGGGGGACAGAGUGCCGUGGUAUCCCGCAUCUUCUUCCUCCUCCUCCGUGUCCAUCUCUUCAACUGCCCCCUCGCCCGCGCCGCGCUCAUCCGACCCGAGACAUUCUCCAUCCCUAAACGAAUCCAACAUACCAUCUCCUCAGCUGAACACCAAACUGCCACCGUCGCUGGAGAUUACCGUGUUUUCUUCUGGUCGACAUAA